ACCAUAACCACUUUAUAAGCCUCUCACCUUUGUAAUUUCAUCAAAUAAUUACCACCACCUUUCUUAAUUUCUAGCUAGGGUGAAGCCAACAUGGUUUUCUCCCAAGAAGAAGAGACCUUAGUCUAUGAUCUGAAGCUAUCCUCCGUUGGGCCGGGCCGGGCAACCGGCUCAGACGUGUUUCACCACCCGGGUGGCUUGGACUUGGCCAUGAAGCUUCACUAUCUUAGAGUGGUGUACUUCUUUGAUAGUGAAGCUGCACAAGGACUAACCACUAUGAAAAUAAAGGAGCACAUGUUCCAGUGGUUCAACCACUACUACUUCACUUGCGGCCGGUUUCGGCGAUCGGAGUCCGGUCGGCCGUUCAUCAAGUGCAAUGAUUGUGGAUCCAGGUUCAUUGAGGCCAAGUGCAAGAAAACUCUUGAUGAGUGGCUAGCCAUGAAGGAUUGGCCUCUCUAUAAGUUGUUGGUGUCUCAACAAGUCAUUGGGCCAGAAUUAUCCUUUUCCCCUAGUGUUUUGUUUCAGCUAACUCAAUUCAAGUGUGGUGGAAUUUCCUUGGGCCUUAGCUGGGCCCAUGUACUGGGGGACCCACUUUCAGCCUCAGAUUUCAUCAACAGUUGGGGCCAAGUCAUGAGUAAUAUGGGCAUGAAAACACCCUCCAACAGCCCAAGACCCGCUCCAAGGCCAUACCAACCGGGUCAUGAAAAUGAUCCUGUUUCAGCAAAACGGGUCAACCCGGUGGGUGACCACUGGAUCCCAGCCAACAACAGCAAAAUGGACACAUUCUCCUUCCACCUAACAGGAUCCCAAAUGAGCCACUUGCAAGCACAGGUUUGGGGUCCAAGUGUUGACCAAACCCCUCCUUUUGAGUCCCUAUGUGCCAUUAUUUGGCAAAGCCUUGCCCGGAUUCGGGCCGGAUCCGAACCCAAUACCGUGACGGUUUGCCGACCUGACCCGCAUUAUAGGAGGGUUAAUGUGAUUGGUAACCACCAAGUGAUAAGUAAGGUUGAAGCUGGAAUUGAAUGUUCAAACAUUGUUGACACUGAUUUGAGAGUUUUGGCUAGCAUGCUUGCUGAUCAAGGUGUGGAUGAGAGGGAUCAGAUUGAGGAAGCAAUGGAAAAAGAUCAAGGGGUGGUUGAUUUCUGUGUCUAUGGUGCCAAUUUGACAUUUUUAGACUUGGAAGAUGUUAAUGUCUAUGACUUGGAAUUGAAUGGAGAAAAACCAAUGUAUGUGUACUACACCCUUCAAGGGGUUGGAGAUGAAGGAGCUGUUUUGGUAUUGCCAUGGCCAAAAGGUUCAAUCAAGAAUGGUAUUGAAGGGAAGUUUGUGACCAUGAUAUUGCCUGAGGAUGAAAUGGUGAAGCUCAAAUCUGAGCUUAAGGUGAAUGGUAUUAUGCUUGAGGGUGAUUUUUAAUUAGAGAUCGAGUAUAAGUUUUCAGUUUUAUUUGGUAUGUUUGCCAUAAGGGAAAAAAUAUAUAGUUUAUAGUAUGUCAAUGCAUGUAUGUUUAAAAGUUCUUCUACAAUUGAUAUUAAAAAUAAAAUCAGUUCUAGUGAGAAGUUUUUGUGAUUAAUUUAUAAGUUCCAGAAUCAAUUCUGAGAAAAUAUAAAUUAAUCCAGCAUGCUAUUAGUAUAUUGUCAUACAUAAUUUGGGGAGCCCAUAUGGUGUUCAUGUGGUAUGGUCCACUUGCUUUUAUGUGAGUUGCUAUUCGAUUGAAGGAAAAAUAGCUGGACACCUCAUAAAGUGUAUAGAGGAAAGAGAAAUACAAAAUGUGAGGAAUGAUGUAAGGUGAUAGUAAAAGAGAUGGAGAAAAUGGGGUGAAGGGAAAAAUAAAUGUAUCAUGUAUAAGAAGCAUAAUUGUUAAAUAAAUUGUUCCGUAUUUUUUUUAUUCUUUUGAUACAAAUAUAUAGUUCAGCUUCUUUUAAUUUUAUUAACAUUUAUUCAGAUGAUAAAA